AUGCCACUACCCGCAGAUGAGGCUACCUUAUCUUGUCGAGCCUGGUUCUUGAGCAUCUCGUUGACAAAAUUGAUUACAGAUCCCAAUGGUUGCAGCUUUGGCGAGGGCGCGAGUCAGAUGCCGCUCCCUCUACAAGAUGCAUCUGCAGAGCCUGUCGCUCGAUACAGAAACAUCACCUCCAGUAGCCUUACAGACCAGCUCAACGGCCUGGUAAUGGUCCUUGGCAACGAACACGUGCAGAUUGGCUGUCCGGCCGGCACCUGGAUCUAUGAGGGCUGCGUCAAGGCGGAGGGCAGCCUGACCACCCAAGUCAACGGCCUGGUCGUUGGAGUCGAGGGCGGUUGUCAGACCACAAUACCUCACUUCCCCGGCAUGAACGGUGUCUGGUCCGAGUGCGACACCGUUGAGAAGCUCCCCAACGGGAUGGUGAAGACCGAGGCGGAGAUCCAGUUUGCUAGGGAGCUUGACCUCCGUGCCAACCACACGGUCCAAAUCAAUGGAGGUUUGCUUUCCAAGAUCACGGAUAACCGCAUUUUCGUCCCCCAGGUCGGACCACCACCCCCGUCGUCCUGA